AGCUGCCUCAUCCCUGCCAGUGUCCGAGUGGAGCUCACGGGAGAAGGUGAGCGUCGCGCGUUCUCGUUGAUUCACGCCUCUCCCGCUCCAGCUCAUUCCAUCUUUUGUCUCGUGGUGUUUCAUCUCGCCGUUGCCGUGUGUGUAUGCGUUGCGUCAUCGCUAACUGACGUUUACAGUUUUCUGACUGGACUGGAAAGGAAGAGAGAACCUGACUGGGUAUUUUCCUUGUGUGAGUGUUUGCGGUGGCCGGCGGUCUCAGCCUCGUCGUGUUACGCACCGGCGACCGUCAGGUGAACACUUGUUAGUUUUUACCUGAGGGAAGUGUAGUGGCCUCGCACAGUGUUUUAACAGUGUUUAAUUUAAGCGAGUUCCGAAACGUCAAGGAAAAAAGAUACCGCUCGGAAACUGGAAGCGUAGUUGGUUCCCGUGGACGUUGUUGUCACCUGGUUUAGUAACAUUUCCACACACCUGUUGGCGUUUCCUGUCUUCAGUUAAUCCGCCGUCAGCUUCUAUCCUAAAGAUCUGCGAGGCUUCGGCAGUCACCAUUCCCGGGCUUUCGAGGAGGAAUCAGGCUGUCUGGCGUGUGUCUCCCAGUCAAGACGGAUUUUUAAGGUCGUGCUCGAGCCGUUGAAGUGAUGGUCGCGAGGGCGUCCCGGUGCUGAGAGGAGACGACGGCCUCGGUAGCCACACCCCCUUGCACCCUUCUGUACCCUUCAUCCUUCCCUUCGCCCUCACCGCCCCCAGCGCUGCUUCUUCUCGCCCUCCCCCCGCUCUCCUCCACCCGCCCUCACCUCCCCUCCCCUUCUCUCCCCCCGAGUCGUAGCAGAAGCUUCCCUCUCCCGCCGCAACCGCGUCCACUGCAAGCAUGUUCCGGUCGUCGCGGCUGCGGGUCCACACCUGCAAGAUCGUGCUGGUGACGUCGCUGGUGUGGUUCGUGAUGGACGUGGCGGUGAUCAUGUACUACAGCGACUGCUCGACGGGCUCGGGCUGGGGCUGCGGCAGGAGCGACGCGCAGGACCGCGAGAGCCGCGCCGAUCACCACCGCACUAACAAGGGCCGAGGCAUCCGGAACCACCGCGCCGACAACCACGACGUCGAUCUCGAGGGCUUCAAACUGGACUACCCGCCGGAGGAGUUGCAGAAGUGGGUGUCGCGGCCGCCCGUGCCUGAGCACCCCGGCCUCCCCGGGGAGAUGGGAAAGCCCGUUAGGACGCCGCCGGGACAGGAGGCGCUCAUGAAGGAGAAGUUCAAGCUGAACCAGUUUAACCUACUCGCGUCGGACUCCAUCAGCCUGAACAGGUCGCUUCCCGACGUGCGCCUCGAAGGAUGCAAGACCAAGAAGUACCCUCCGCUGAUGCCUACCACCUCCAUCGUGAUCGUCUUCCACAACGAGGCCUGGUCCACGCUGCUCCGAACCGUCUGGUCCAUCAUCCAGCGCUCCCCCCGGCCGCUGCUGCAGGAGAUUCUGCUCGUGGACGAUGCGUCUGAAAGAGACUACCUGGGCGAGGAGCUCGAGCAGCACGUGAAGACGCUGCCUGUCCCCGUGCGAGUGCUCCGAACCGUCGAGAGGUCUGGCCUGAUCCGCGCGCGCUUGCUGGGCGCCUCGCAGGUCAAAGGUCAAGUCAUCACCUUCCUGGAUGCCCACGUGGAGUGCACCGAAGGCUGGCUGGAGCCACUGCUGGCAAGGAUCGCCGAGGACAGAACAAGGGUUGUGUGCCCAAUAAUUGACGUCAUCUCAGACGAAACCUUCGAGUACGUGACGGCCUCUGACAUGACUUGGGGCGGAUUCAACUGGAAAUUGAACUUCAGAUGGUAUCGUGUACCUCAACGAGAGAUGGAAAGGAGAGGAGGUGACCGCACACAGCCACUGAGAACUCCAACAAUGGCAGGCGGUUUGUUCUCCAUUGACAAGGAAUACUUUGAGAAAAUUGGACGCUACGAUGAGGGAAUGGACAUCUGGGGAGGAGAGAAUUUGGAGAUGUCCUUCAGGGUGUGGAUGUGUGGGGGUACGCUAGAGAUCGCCACUUGCUCCCAUGUCGGGCAUGUGUUCCGCAAGUCAACCCCGUAUACGUUCCCUGGGGGCACUUCCAAAAUUGUAAACAAAAACAACGCUCGUCUUGCGGAGGUCUGGCUGGACGACUGGAAAGAAUUCUAUUACAGCAUAAAUCCAGGCGCACGCAGCGUUGAUUAUGGCGAUGUCGGCCCACGGAGAAAAUUGCGAGAGGACCUGAAGUGCAAGAGUUUCCGAUGGUUCCUGGAAAACAUUUACCCCGAGUCGCAGAUGCCUCUUGAUUACUAUUAUUUGGGAGAGAUAAUGAAUGUAAAUGGGGAAACGUGCUUGGCUACAUCUACUGAGAAUUUGCAAAUAGCUCAUUGUGACUUCAAUUCGGGAUCGCAGGUAUUUGCAUACACAAAACGGCAGCAGGUUAUGUCAGAUGAUAAUUGCUUGGAUGCAUCCAAUCCAAGUGGGCCUGUUAAGCUUGUCCGCUGCCAUGGCAUGGGUGGAAACCAGAUGUGGACCUAUAAUGAUCAGGAUGGAUCACUCCGACAUGUUAAUUCUGGUAGAUGUCUACAAAAGCCUGAUGCCCGUGAUGUCACUUUGCCUGUCUUGAGGCCAUGUGAUGGAUCAGCAGGUCAACAGUGGGUUAUGAAAGGCUCCUUCAAGUGGCAGGCUAACUGAGUGUAUGUCAUGACUGUUAUUUCUGAUGGUUACUGAAUUUCCCAGUAAUUCAUCUGCAUUGUACAUUAGCGGACUGAGUAGUAGAUGACUGUGAAAUGCCUACACAUUUUCAAUUUACAGGAUAAUAAUUGUUAACUGUAUUUUGAAAUGUUGUAUGUGCAUUGUAUCCUUGGGGUAUACAAUCAUUUAAAAAAAAAGAUAUGUAAAACUAUGACAUAUUAUGAACUUGUGUAUUUAAAAUGUGUGUCUUUAUGGAGAUUCAUGGUAUAUCAGUAGAUGAUAAUGCUUUAAGACAGAUAUGAUGUGAAAUAUAGGUAAAUUUCUACUGGUUGUGAAUAAUGGACCAGCUACUUAAAGAGCUCAAGGUCUGUUUUACCAAGAUCUUGGACUAUGGACAGACAUACCAUCCAUAAUGAAGCUAACAUUGUUUCAUCUUUUGUACUUAAUACACUUUUGAUUAAUGAAAAAGAUAGACUCCUACAUAGUGAUGGUUAUACUAUCUAAUUCUCUGGGCAUGGCAGAAAGAUUUACUUCUUAGGAAAUUAAUGUAUAGAGUGUUUGGUCCUUCUGUGGAAAUGAUAAAAUGUAAUCCCCAGAGUGGGGAUGUAGGUGAAGUUUGAGAAGACUAAUUUUUGAAGAAUGAAGUUUUGUUAAAAUUUGAUUGCAGAAAGAACAGUUAAAAGCAGUCUUAUAUUCCUGCCAAAGUAUAGAAAGAUUAUAUAAUACAUAGGUUCAAAGAAAAAAACUAUUUUGUGAGCUAGAAAUUAAUAUUAUAUAAACAUGAUGAUCAAUAUGGCAAUUAGUGUAAACAUACAGUGCAUGUUGUACCAAUAUUGAAAAUAUGUGCAGAUACAGUGAAGUAUGUAUAUAUAAUGUAAAUAUGAUAUUAUCCUGUAACUUCCAUAGUUAUAUCUUCCUGUAUUUUCUGUCCAGGUAAGAAUGUGUAACUAGUGCCUUCUAAGAAAGCCAGAGAAGGUUUUGUGUUGUAAUGGAAAACCUGGCAUAUAAACUAAGACUAUACCAUAAGAGUUGGUGUUGAUGGCCAUUCAUAUUAAUAGGAAAAGGUGCUGAGUAUUUUUUUUUUUUUUACUACAAAAAUCUAAUUAAAUUCAAUUGACAGUAGGUCACACCUGUUGUGAUUUAUGGGACUAAAAUGUGUAUAGUGAAAUAAUCCUGGAUUAUCAACUUCCCAAGAUUUGUAACACUAGACUUUCCACUUUUUUAUAUUAACAGACUUGUGAUUUAUCUUUAAUAGAUCUCCUUUCAUUAGCAUUCAAGUUACAAUGAAGUUUAAUAUAUAUUCAUGAAGUGAAGAGAUAUUUUUGACUGUUUGAUUUAAUGUGAGGUAUACAGAUUUCAUUUUAUUAUUUUCAAUACAGAGCAAGAGUUUAUGAUCAAGUAUGGCUUUGUAUAUGAUCAGUAGAUAAUAAGAGCAAAAAUAUAUAAAGAUCUUCCAUAAAUUAGGUGUAACUGAAAAUGUAAUAAUUACUUGAGUUUAAAUAAUGCACUCAGUGAAUUCUAAACCUCUUGAAGCCAAAUUUAUGAACACUAUUUCCAGCAAAAUGUAAUUAGAGUUUAAGAGGUUAAAUUAUAUUAUUAGUAUGCUCAAUGGACUUGAAUCUUUAUGUUAAGCAGAUUCUUUUGUGCUAUCAUGAAGAAACUGUGAUAAUUGCACAAAAUGUAUCACUGGGUAAGAUUGGUACAGUCAGAUAGGGUAAUUAUUUAAAAGUUGCAUACAGAGAAACUCAUAUUAUGGUAUUUAAUGUAUCAAAAUUAGGAUAUGGUAAAAGUAAUGAAUGAAAAUGGCUAUACAACUACAAUGUUUUGCUAGAACAUCAUACCCUUAAAGUGAAGUGAUCCAUUAUUAAUUGCCACUAAUGAGCUGUUUUGAAAUUUAAGGAUUGAAAAUAUAUUACCACGAUGUGAAUUCUCAGUAUGUUGAAGAGUUUUCUCGUGUCAUAAGAAAUUUGUUUAUUUCUCAGGUUACUAUUUUGAAUGAUAAGUAGACUAAGUCAGGUUAAAAGUGCUGAGACAAACAAGACAGCAUAUUAAGAAAAUGCUUGUGCAACUCACUCUUUUAUUACAGAUCUUAAACAUUGAAGGUUGAUAUGGCAAAUUUACUACUUUUAAACCCAUGCAAAGAGAAGUGUAAGUUUAUGAAAAUUUAAUUGAUAAAUCUAUUUGUGAAAUGAGGAAAACAGUGAACAUUUUUUUGAAAGUCAACCCAAACUUCACUGAUUGUCAGCUAUGAAUACACUUAAUUAUUUAUUAUUGUUAUCAUUCAUGUCUUGUUGAAAAGUCCUCAUGAUGGUGUGACAAUGGUUGUGAAUUUUUUGUGUGCAUUUUUGUUCUUCAUUUGCGGUGUUGGGACGAGUCUUUUCUCUCUUUUCUGUUUUGAAGUAAUUAGAUAAUAUCUUUCAUGGGUAUGGAAAGUUCUUGAAAGAGAAUCUAUAGACAGGGAUCUGAAUGUUCAGACUUGUAAUACUUUUCAUGAAAUCAAUUCACUAGGUCCAUCAUCAUCUAGACAGUGUUUUUAGUCAUGAUUCAUCCAUCAAUAUCAUAUAAGAAAAAAAUCUUGACCAUAUUGUGCUAUUCUGAAUUAUUCCUUGUGCCAAGACUCUCGGUAAAAAAAUUCUUUGUCAUGAAUUGUAUUAUCUUUGGAUAAAAGUAAGAUAUGCAUAUGUCAUUAGUGAUUCAUAAAGUUAUACAGUUGCCAUUGGAAAAUUAGUUAAUAACUAGAUUAGUUCCUUAGUACUAAAAAAGCUCCUUUUAACCCAGUGAUUCUUAAAAGGACAAGUAGAAAUGACAUAUGCAGAACAUAAAAGUAAAAUAUUUUGCUAUAUAUGGUCAUGAUUUUUUUGUUGUUGUUGUUAUGCUACCACUAAACAUUAUAUCACAGCUUACUUUUUAACAAGCAGAUUCCCCUCUCCCCCCACCCCCAUCCAAUUAACAGUGAACUGGAAGAUGUGAGGUACAACUUUUAGUGGGUUUUCCUUAAAAAUACCAUCAAUUCAUAGAAAAGAUAAGUGCUUUGUUAUUUUUCCACAUUCCAAUAUUAUCCACUUUCAUGCUUGUUUAAUAGGAAAGAAAAUUCCUUUGUGUGAGAUGCAUUUGUUUUGUGUUGUAUAUUAAGUUUGAAUUUGCUGAGUGAAUGUGUGAUAAUCCACAAUGUAACCCUUCCAUAUGAUAUUUUAUAACCUUAUUGGUUGUAAAAGUAUAUAAAAUAAGGAAAUAUGUGCCAAUGAGGAAUUCAAUAUUGAAACUUCAUAAGUAAAUAAGUAUGCCAAGUUGUAUAAUGUAGUGUGAGUGAUCAGCUAAAUAUAUUUGCGAUAGAGAAAAUCUGCAAGAACUGGACUUAUUAGGAAAUGAGCAUGAAAGUGGUGUUGUCUCUCUUUCCCAUUGGUAUUCUCUCUAUGUAGUGGAUCAUUCCAUAAUGCACCAAUGCAUUAUUUUCUUUAUCAAAGAUGUGCAUCAUACUUGAUUCUGUUAUGUGAUUUUCAUUGUUUUGAUAUUGUACAGUCUUCAUCAUUCCCAGUAGGAGUGGUAUUUUCUUGAAAGCUUGUUUUCAACCUUGGAAGGUUUUGACUAGAUGGAAACAGAAAAUUCAUCUUAUACAAGAGAAAUCUCGAAUGAACUUCAGGCUUAUAGGCAAUGUGACAAGUGUGUAGUUUUGAUUACAAAAUGUGAUUUAUAUAUAAACAAUAUGCACUUCACAAAGCUUGACUAAAAUAGAAACAAAGGCAGAUAGUUCCAUUUAGUGUUUACAAAACAGGAUGCUGGAUUUCCUGGUGAUCAUGUUUUAUUGACAUUAGGUUGCAUUUGCAGUGCACAAUUAGGGUUUUCUUUCCCCUUGGCAAUUUUGUAUUUUGUGUGUAAUUCUGGAAGAUAUAUUUUGUAUAUAUAUAUAUAUAUUAAUAUGUAUGAUUAGUGCAAAAUUUGAAAACUCAUGGCAGAAAGUGAUAUUCCACUAACUCUGACACGUGUAAGAGAAGUGAAUGGUCUAAAAAAAAGGAGAAAAAAAAAAAUCCUGUAAGUCCUCUUCCAUCUUGUGUGAGGCAGUAUGACUGCUGUUUGAAUGAAUGAAUGACCCAUUAUUUAAAUCUGAAGCUCAUUCAUAUAUUGUUGUUUGCCUGAUGAAAUGUGGUUGUGAUUCUCUAUAUAAAUGGUACCUGCAGUAACAUUCCUUCCUUAUAAUGGAACCUACAGUUUUGAUUCAUUUAUAUAGCAGAAGCAAUGACCAUGUUUCAGUACAUUAUAAGAUCUGUGAUCAUAAUCUUACAUGUAUUGGGAUGGUUGUUUGAUAUAAACAGUUUAAUUUUGAAGUGACAUAACUCCAUUUUUUAUUAUUAUGGAAUUUAAAAGCUAUGCUCUACUUUACUGUUGGUAUUUGAUUUUGAAACCAAUGAUAAAUGAAGAUCAGUUAAUGUUUUCCUUUUGGAUUAAAACAAAAAAAUAAAAACAAAAAAAAGAGUAAACACUUGAAAAUUAUAGAGCUAGAUUAAAUCAUCCCUUAAAUGUUAGUGAUGUGAUCAUUCUAUAUUGCAGCCAUACACAAUUUACAUGGCAGUGGAUUAUGGUUAUAAUUGUCUUCUGAAAUGAGUGGCCAUAUUCCUUUGUGAUGGCAUUUUUAGCCAUAUUGCUUUUCAAAAUCCAGUCUGGAAAUGAACCUUGUAGAAUAUUUUUACAUAGAUGGAGCCAAUCUUCAUUUUGCUGGGAAGUUCAAUUUCUUGUGCACACACAUUGCCAUUUUUUUUUAGGAUGUUGAGUUUACCUUUUUAAAAUUUUACAUUGUUUGGUGACUGAGUUACUAAAAGUGCUAUGUUAUAAAUUCCUAAACACGGUGCUUUUUAAAGCCAAACAUUAAGGGUCUUUUGAAGUGUAAGUGUAAAGUGACAAGAUAGAUGUUUAGGCAUUAUGACAUGCACUUUACUUAUAGGUGCUUGCAUUCUACCUUAUUAUGUUGGUCAUUUCUUUCUUUAUUUGUAAACCUAUAACUUAGGCAGAUGAAAAGAGUGACAAGUGACUUGCUAAUACUAUUUGUUGAUUGCAAGAAAAAACAUAAUUUAUUUUUAUAUGUACCAUGUGUAAACAUCCAAUUUUUAUUAUGUGACAAGAUCAACUUUUUCAUUAUUUAUUUUGACUGUAAUAAUGAUAAAAAAAAAAUCAGUGGACAAGGAUUAUGACCUAUGGUGAAAUAUCCAGAUGACUGUAAAAUUAAUUUUAUGUAAUCAAAGACUGUGCUGAUUUAUUGAAAUGUUGGGAAGAUUUGUGAAUAACUGUGUGUAUGUAUGGUGAUGGGAACCUUACAAAGUUUUUAAUAAAAUAUUUACAUUA